AUGGUGAAGAUUGAUGCACCUUCGAUGAAGCUUAUCUCAGAGAAAGUGAUGAGAUGUUGCGGAUGCUGUUUUUAUAAUCUGUUGGAGGUUGUUACAACAGAGCAACUCUCAGCCUUUGGAUUGAAGUUAGUUACAGAUAUUGGAUGUCAAGGAUUAAUUAAUUAUCAGGCUGUGGAUUUUUAUCAGUUUGGUCUUUUUGCAAGUAUGGUUUAUAAAAAUGCAGGGUUGGUUGGUGUGUGCUUUAAUGGUACAAUGAUUGGCAUGAAGAUGGGAAAAGAAUCAGCCAUGGUGUUCUCAAAAAAUUAG